AUGAAGGAAUCUAAAACCUUAGAAGAUGAAGAUGAAAAUUGUACACCUUCGCCUUGUUCUGCUUUCUGCCUUGGAAAUUGUUGUCAAUCAAAACUUUCCCCUCUUGCACCUGAAGCACCAACAAAAAUAUCAUCAUCCCCAGAUAUGGAUUCAACUGAGGAGGGAGGUGUGGAUGUCAGUGAUUGUCAUAUCGAAUUCAAUCAAGUUAAUAAAAGAAGCUAUGUCCUUGCAUUGGAUAUUGGAACAACUGUGAUACGAGCAUAUGUGUAUGACAAAAAUGUCACUGUUUUGGGAAGUAGUCACGCUAAGACAUUUUUGCCCUUUCUCUCUCUCUCUGUCUCUUGUUAUUUGUCCCUUCUCUCUCUGUCUCUUGUUAUUUGUCCCUUCUCUCUCUGUCUCUUGUUAUUUGUCCCUUCUCUCUCUGUCUCUUGUUAUUUGUCCCUUCUCUCUCUGUCUCUUGUUAUUUGUCCCUUCUCUCUCUGUCUCUUGUUAUUUGUCCCUUCUCUCUCUGUCUCUUGUUAUUUGUCCCUUCUCUCUCUGUCUCUUGUUAUUUGUCCCUUCUCUCUCUGUCUUGUUAUUUGCCCUGUCUCUCUCUCUUGUUCUUUGUCCCAUUCCCCUCUCUCUCUCUCUUGUUCUUUGUCCCAUUUCUCUCUCUCUCUCUCUCUCUCUCUUGUUCUUUGUCCCAUUCCUCUCUCUCUCUCUUGUUCUUUGUCCCAUUCCUCUCUCUCUCUCUCUUGUUCUUUGUCCCAUUCCUCUCUCUCUCUCUCUUGUUCUUUGUCCCAUUCCUCUCUCUCUCUCUCUCUCUUGUUCUUUGUCCCAUUCCUCUCUCUCUCUUGUUCUUUGUCCCAUUCCUCUCUCUCUCUCUUGUUCUUUGUCCCAUUCCUCUCUCUCUCUCUUGUUCUUUGUCCCAUUCCUCUCUCUCUUGUUCUUUGUCCCAUUCCUCUCUCUCUCUCUUGUUCUUUGUCCCAUUCCUCUCUCUCUUGUUCUUUGUCCCAUUCCUCUCUCUCUUGUUCUUUGUCCCAUUCCUCUCUCUCUCUUGUUCUUUGUCCCAUUCCUCUCUCUCUCUCUUGUUCUUUGUCCCAUUCUCUCUCUCUCUCUUGUUCUUUGUCCCAUUCCUCUCUCUCUUCUUUCUUUGUCCCAUUCCUCUCUCUCUCUCUUGUUCUUUGUCCCAUUCCUCUCUCUCUCUCUUGUUCUUUGUCCCAUUCCUCUCUCUCUCUCUUGUUCUUUGUCCCAUUCUCUCUCUCUCUCUUGUUCUUUGUCCCAUUCCUCUCUCUCUCUCUCUCUUGUUCUUUGUCCCAUUUCUCUCUCUCUCUCUUGUUCUUUGUCAUUCCUCUCUCUCUCUCGUUCUUUGUCCUUCUCUCUCUCUCUCGUUCUUUGUCCCUUUCUCUCUCUCUCUCGUUCUUUGUCCCUUCUCUCUCUCUCUCUCGUUCUUUGUCCCUUUUCUCUCUCUCUCUCGUUCUUUGUCCCUUUUCUCUCUCUCUCGUUCUUUGUCCCUUUUCUCUCUCUCUCGUUCUUUGUCCCUUUUCUCUCUCUCUCGUUCUUUGUCCCUUUUCUCCCUCUCUCGUUCUUUGUCCCUUUUCUCUCUCUUUCUCUCUCGCUUUCUCUUUGUCCAUUUUCUCUCUCUCUCGUUCUUUGUCCCUUUUCUCUCUCUGUCUCUCGUUCUUUGUCCCUUUUCUCUCUCGCUCGUUCUUUGUCUCUUCUCUCUUGUUCUUUGUCCCUUUUCUCACUCUCUCUUGCUCUUUGUCCCUUUCCUCUCUCUCUCUUGUUCUUUUCUCUCUCUCUCUCUAUUUUUAUUUGUCUCUCUCUCUAUUUUUAUUUGUCUCUCUUUCUCUGUCCCUCUCUUUCUUGUUUAUUGUUCCUCUUUCUCUCUUGCUCUCUGACCCUCUCUCUUGUUCUCUGUCCUCUUUCUCAUGUUCCUUGGUUUCUUUUCCUUAUUCUCUGUCCUUUCUACCUCUUCCUUGUUCUCUAUAUUCUUUUAAUACUGUAGGCUUCAUUGUUCCUGGAACUUGUGGAAAAGCCUCACAGCAUCUUAUUGUCUGUUACUUUCUUCCUGUCCAUCUUCGACAGGUAAAAUUGCUCCAUCCAAAGCCAUUAUUAUCGGAGAUUGAACCACACACUCUUUAUCAUCAAGUGAUAGAUUGCAUUCAUGAAUGUAUUAAAGCUGCUGGCCUUGUGGCAGACGAAAUCACAUGUUUGGGGAUUGCCACUCAGCGAAACACUUUCAUCACAUGGGACAGGGAAACUGGGGUACCAUUCCAUAAUUUCAUCACGUGGCAAGAUUUAAGAGGGAAAGAAUAUGUCAAAGACUGGAAUCAUUCAUAUACCAUGAAGGCUUUAAACACAGGUGCAAAAUUAUUACAUACUUUCACAAGAAGUCCUCGGCAUUUAGCUGCUAGCGUACUUCGAUUUCUAUCUCCUCAGGUCACCAUGCGCUUGAAAUGGCUGCUGAAUCACAAUGAAGAGCUGAAAGAAAGGCUCCAUUAUGGCCAAGUAUUGUUUGGAUGCAUGGACACAUGGAUCAUGUGGAAAUUAACUGGUGGUAAAGUUCAUGCAACUGAUUAUUCGUGUGCAAGUUCAACUGGAUUAUUUGAUCCAUUUCAGAUGGAAUGGAGUGCCGUGGUAUGUAAGCUGCUGGAUAUUCCAAUGUCAAUAUUCCCAGAGAUCAAAGAUACAAGUGGGUUUUUUGGAACAUGUGAUCCUAAAAUUGUAGGUGCUGCCAUCCCAAUAACUGCAGUUGUAGCAGAUCAACAAAGUGCUAUGUUUGGUGAUUGCUGUUUUAGUGUAGGUGAUGUCAAGUGUACAAUGGGAUCAGGUACCUUUAUUGAUCUCAAUACGGGGGACAUACCACAUGCUUCAAUCGCAGGAUUAUAUCCUUUGGUUGGCUGGAAAAUUGGUUCUGAAUUGGUGUAUAUUGCUGAAGGUGUCGCUUCUGAUACAGGACGAGUAUUAGAGUGGGCCCAGAAUUUGAAUAUCUUUGAUGAUGUUUCUGAACUUGCCAGUAUAGCGGAGUCUGUUCCUGACAAUGGAGGUGUAUAUUUUGUUGCUGCUUUUAGUGGAUUACAGGCCCCAAUUAAUGAUGAUACAGCAGUCACGACAAUGAUUGGCAUGACCCCAAGUACUGACAGAGCACAUGUGGUAAGGGCGAUCCUCGAGUCCUUAGCCUUCAGAUUCAAGUUACUUUAUGAGACAAUGUUGACAGAAACUAAACAGCCAAUUAAAACAGUCAGAGUCAAUGGUGGUGUUUCCAACAACAAAUUUGUGUUACAGCUCAUGGCUGAUUUAACAAACCAAGUUAUUGAAAAAUCACGAUUCACAGACAUGACCAAUUUGGGGGCUGCAUUUCUUGCUGGGCUUGGCCAAGGCAUUUGGAAAAGUAAAGAGGAUUUGUUAAAUCUUCAAGGCUGCGACCAAGUAUUUGCACCACAAGAAAAAUGGUGCAAAUACAAGACUGUCUUUCGUACGUGGGAAAGAGCAGUCAACAGAUCGAAGAAAUGGUAUUUAUAG